AUGGCUCCGACAACCCGGCUGUUUAACGGCGUUACGUCCGGUGUCGCUCCUCGACGCAUGAACGCGAAGGCACAUGCGGUCGGGGAACUCCCCCUCACCGCUCCACCGAACCCCGAGUCGGCGGGCCCCGUCAGGCGAACAAGAACGCCGGGCAGCAGCGACGAUGGACAGUCAACGCAGGACUCCGAAAGCACCUUUCCGCUCUCUUCACAGACGGCGCGCACCUCGAUCCCUACCUCUCCUUCUUCAUUGGCCGCUCCCCAUCCCCAGAGACAUGAUAGCGGUCGACUACAAUCUCCUGCAGUUGGCACGCCGCCGGCUGCCGCGCCCGACGGCUUCCUCCCACCUCCGCUGGAAGACGACGACGACUUCGACAAUCUGCCUGAUGUCUGGACGGACUACUUUGACAAGAAGAGGGAGAACUGUAUCGAGUUCAUGAAGGAGUUACAGAAGCAGCAGAAGCCAGGCCGGGUUAAAGUCGCUGUAUAUGGACUUGCUGGGCGGAAGCCCGACGAGCCCAUCAGAGACAUCGACGAAGUUGUUAAUCUCAUUACUGAUCAUGAGACGUUCCGCACCGAGGUCUCCAAGCUCAUCGAACAGUUUUCCAAAAGACAAGCUAAAGAUCCAGGAUGGCUGAAGCGAAAAGUUCAACGUUUCGUCAAGGCGGCAUACUGGGUCCGCCAAUUCCAAGCUGGCGUUUCCACAGCUAUCCAGGUUGUACCCGACGGAUUUGGAUGUCUAGGCUGGGGCAUUCUACUGAUCGUCAUCGAGGUCUCGUGUAUCUACGCCGAAUCCGCCGAAAUCCUCGAUCGAAUUGUCGAAACAAUGGCGGAUAUCAACGAGCUACUUCCGAUGUUCGAAAAAGACGUGAGCCUGUACAACUGGAGCGAUGUCAUGCGGAAAAGACUUCUUAAAAUAUAUGAUAUUUAUGUUGACAUUUGUUUCGCCGCAAUCCGAUACUCGACCAGGUUCAAUCAUGCAUUCAGUUUCUCUCGAACUUUCGCGUCCCCCGAUAAGGAUAUCAAGGACCUCGAAGAGAAAUUGAAGCGCCAAAUAAUGAAAUUCGACCGCGAGACGGACUUUGUCUUUCAGUCCACCGUCAUGGAGCGCCAAUCGGCAAUCAUGGCCAAAGUGGAUAACCACGCAGCGGCUUCGGCGAGGCGUGACGAUACCCUCCUCAGGGUCAUGGAUAAGACCCACCGGGCCGUCAGCAGCAUAACCCAAGAAUCCAAGCCAGUGUCGUCGGUUCUGGAACUCCCAGUUGACCUACCCGUUAUGUCCCUUACCAUGGAGCCUAACGAAGACUUUGUUGGCCGCGAGAACGAGCUCGAGCAGCUUCACAGGUAUCUCAUCGAUGAGAGCAGCGACAGCGGGCAGCCCAAGUCGUGCGUGCUCCUCGGCAUCGGUGGCAUUGGUAAGACCGAGAUUGCCCUUGAAUUUGCCUACAAGUAUAAGGACCACUGGGACGCUGGAGUCUUUUGGGUCACGGCGGAUACCACUCAGGAGACUGAGCUCGAGAGAACGUUUUGCGACAUCGGUCGGACGCUAGGCAUCGUCGAUGCAAGCGAAAACGAUGAACGUCAGGUGGCCAGAGUCAAGUACUGGCUUGAGAAUAAGAGCAAGCAUGCACCUGACCGCCGUUGGCUCCUCAUUUUUGACACCUUCGUGGGCGGGGACGAUGCGACCUCGCGCCGAAACAUCGACCGCGUCUGGCCCUCGAAGGCACGCUCCCCAGGCUGCGCCAUUAUCGUGACAUCUCAGGUUUCGGUACCUCGGAAGUACGCCAAGAAGGAGAUUCCCAUCGAGCCCCUCAGUGACGAAGAAGGAAUCCAGCUCCUGCUCGCCAACACUGACAUCGAUGUGGCCGGCCCCAAAGCGUUGGAUAAUAAAUCAUUGGCGGCGGACAUCUCCAAAGAGUUGGGCGGGUCCCCCCUCUACCUGUGGCUCGCCCGUCAGUAUAUCCGCGACAGCGCUCUAGAUCUUCAGGAGUACCUUGAUUGUAUCCGUAGCAGUUACACUGUCCCCAUGGCUGAGCAGAAGGGCUUGGAGGCUGGCAAUUCGAGGUACCUCAGAGCAGCCUCGGCGGCCCUCGAUCUCACCCUGGACCGAGUCAAGCGGAACAGCAUUUCGGCAAGAGAACUCUUGAAUAUUCUUGCCUUCAUGAAUCACGAAGAUAUAAGCGAGGUUUUAAUACUUCAUGAGGAGGAGGAGUCCGGACAGGGGCAGGCUCAACGGCGCCACAACGACGACAUCGUCAUUCUAGUAAGAGCCGGCCUUAUCAAGCUCAACAAAUUCAAGACCCUACGGAGCCUCCGAAUCCACCACGCCAUUCAAGUUGCGCUCUUGAUGAACAUGGGAGAAGCUGAACGGGACGAGAGCUUUAAUCGAGUCAUAAAGAAUUUGCGCCGCCGAUACCCGGAACCCUCGUGUCGCCAAAUCGCCAACGCCGAUGUGUCGACUGCGCUGUCUCUUGUGCUACCGCACGUACUCAGCGCCCUGACGUGCUUCGAGAGGGCCCACCCGAGGAUGACAGGCGACAUUUUCCUGGCUCGGCUCCUGCGUGACGUCGGCGGCAUGGACUGCUACGACCGCGGCCGCAUUAAAGAGGCGUACAGGCUCACCGAGGCCGUGAAGACAAUCCUGAAAUCCCUCGGAAAUCACGAGACGCACCCCCUUCUCAGCGAUGUCCUCGUCAUUCAGGGCCUUUGUACUGAUUUUAUGGCGCUGAGCAAGCGGGAUGAAGGUCUCAGGGUGCGGCGCGAGUGCCUCAAGAUUCGCAAGAAUAUCUUCGACUCCCUCAAGAAGGUCAAGACCGAUGACACGAUUCGUCUCUACAACUGUCAUACCGAUCUCGUCUGCAGUCUACAACAAAUCAACGACUUUGAUAGCGUGCUCCACCAUCUCAACAUCUGCCUCGAGCAGUACAAGGACAUUGGCAGUGAGGACAAGGAGCCCUAUGAGUAUUCCAAGUACUACAACCAGAUGGCUUAUGUGCUGCUCUACAAUAACGAGCCUGAUAAAGCUGUCGAACACGCCAAGAAGGGAUACGAGCUCGCAGAGAAGGCCUGUCCCGAUACUAAUUACCCUUGGCUGUACAAAUUCGACUACGUCAACAUCCUCUUCCAGCACGGCAGCCGCAAAGAAGAGGCCUUUAACCUUCUUCAGAGAAUUAUCAAGAGCCACUCCGAGGGUCGAUCCAUCGUCUACUCCGAGAUACUAGCGCUUAGUAUGGAGCAGAAUCUCGGGAUCAUGGCCUACCUUCUGGGUAAAUUUGAAUUUGCCGAGAAGCAAAUGCGAGCCGUAGCAUCGAGGAAGCUGCAGUGCGACGCGUGGCCCGAGGAAAACGUAGUCCGCGGUGACUACUAUUUGUCCCAGAUCCUCAAAGCGAGGGAUCCGGACAGUGAAGAGGCUCUCCAGAUGGAGGAGAAGGCGAAGAGCGACCUCCAAGCACUGCUUCAAAAUGACACGCUGGGAAAAGCGGAGGAGUAUGCUGGGAAUUUCCCGCUGCUCUUCGAUUAUCUUGUGCAUUGGGAGUUCCGCCUCGUCACGCCACGCAGGCCACCUCCCCAAGAACCGGAGAGCUUACAGAAUGGGAUAUUGGGUACUUCAGCCGAAUCGCCAGACACCCGUCCGGAGGAGGCGGAGGCUCCUGUCUCUCCUCCCCACACUUCAACGGAGACGCCAAGGAGAGGAUCCCCAUUUCCUCCCUCCAGAAGUCGCACCUCUACCCCAGCAAGACACCAACCUCCUGAUGUCCCCCCUGCGCCCCAAAAUUCAUCUCCUGGCAAGAACCAUUCACCCUCUCGGGAGCCUGGUGUGCAGAAAACUAAGUGCCACUCCAUCGGGACCUCAAAGAUGAGCAACAUAGAGAGCCCCCAAAACACUCAGCUGCCGGAGAACCCCAUUCAGAUUCCGGUCGAGCCAAUCUCUGAGGAACCCAAGUCGUUGGACCAGCCAUGGAAAGCCUUCAUUGACGAAAUCAAAAAGGAGGCGAUCGCGAAGGGUGACCCGUUUACCCCGAGCGAGGGGUUCAACGAUCACUCCCUUGCAGGCUAG